AUGAAAAGAGUAGAGGACUUGAGAAGAGAAAGAGAUAACAAUGAGAGGAAAAGGUCUAGGGUCUCACAGAAAGAGAGAACAAGGGAGCUUUUUGGCAUGUCGAUUGCAUUUCUUUUCGUUCAAGAAACUGUUGAGGGGGUGGUUGCGGCAGUGAAAAGGCUCAAAGAUGUGUCUAUAUCCGAAAAGGAAUUUAGGGAGAAGGUCGAAACUGCAGGACCAAUAGAUCAUGAGAAUUUGGUCCCACUCAGGGCUAAUUACUAUAGCAAGGAUGAGAAGCUUAUUAUAUAUGGUUAUAUGCCAAUUGGAAGCCUGUCUGCACUUCCACAUGGGAAUAGAGGGGUUAGUAUGACUCUACCAAUUUGGGAAGCUAGGUCUGGCAUUGCCCUUGGAGCCACCCGAGGGAUUGCUUAUAUCCACUCAUGGGGUUCCGCAAGUCCCCAUGGAGACAUUAAGUCAUCAAAUAUCCUUCUCACUAAAUCCUGUGAAGGCCAAGUUUCUGACUUUGGCCUUGCUCAUCUAGUUGGGCCCAUUGCCAUUCCUAACCGUGUUGUUGGCUACUGUGCACUAGAGGCGACAGAUGCUCGUAAAGCUCCCACACAUGCCCUCUUAAAUGAGGAAGGAGUGGACUUUCCAAGAUGGGUCCAGUCUGUGGUUCAAGAAGAGUGGACAGCCGAGGUGUUUGACCUUGAGCUCCUUAGGUACCAGAACGUUGAGAAGGAGAUGAAGAACCACAGGUCCACACUUGCGCUGCAACAGUUCUACGCAAGCGACCCCUUCGCCAUCGCCUUUGACGACUCCUUCCUUGUUCGCGCUCGUGAUGAUGUCAUCUAA